UCAGCUGGCACACCUCCUUCCGUCUUGCUGCGGUGACAUUAUAGCUCCUUACGAAUGCAAUUGCAUUAUUUCUUUCAACAAGUUAACUUUGUUAUCGUUUCUCAAGGUUUGACAAGUAUAAGACACGUUUACAAACUUGCUAUCUGUUGCACGUCACAAUGGACUCUAUUCAGACGACGGUCUCCGGAUUUUCUCUGGACCUCGGACCACUAAAAGAACCAAUUGGGUUUAUUCGUGUGCUGGAAUGGGUUUUUACCAUUUUUGCCUUUGCCACCACGGGAGGUUACUCUGGAACAACUCACUUCACGGUCGAAUGCCCUGGAUCCAAGGAACCAACCAAUGUGAAGCCGGUUUUUGGAUACCCGUUCAGGUUGGCAGCCUACCCUUAUGAGAUGCCUUCGUGUGACAGCAGUGCUACUAAUCACACCUUCCUCCAAGGCGACUUUUCCUCCUCUGCAGAGUUCUUUGUGUGUGUGGGCGUGUUUGGUUUCCUCUACUGCACUGCUACACUGAUUCUCUACUUGGGUUACCAGCAUGUCUAUCGCCAGACCACCCGUGGUCCUCUUAUAGAUUUGGUGGUGACUGCCGCCUUCGCCUUUCUGUGGCUUGUGUCUUCUUCUGCCUGGGGCAAAGGCCUGACUGAUGUCAAAUGGGCCACAAACCCAGACCACUUGGUGGAGAAUUGUACAUUCUGCAAACCAGGAGACUUCCCCUCUAUGGGACGCCUGAAUGCGUCAGUGAUUUUCGGGUUUUUGAAUCUGAUUCUUUGGGCAGGCAAUUGCUGGUUCAUUUACAAGGAGACUUCAUUCCACAAACAACCCACCAUAGAGGAAGGCGGGGCCCCUGGGCCCUAAGUCAGAAGCUUUUUCACUGGUUCUACUAAAAGAAGGCAAUCCCCGUUUCAGUUAUGAGUUUUUAAUUUAAUAUCGUUUGCCCUUGACUUAAGGAUUAGAUUUUUUUAAAGACCCCUUUUCUCUUUAAAUACACUGCAGUAUACAGGUAGUCCGAGGGUUACGAACGAGUUCCGUUCCUGCGCUGGCGACCUAACCCGAAUUUCCGUGUAAUCUGAAAUACCACCAAAUUUCAAAGUAACGAUCUAAAAACACGUAGUUUAUGUCAUUGUACUGUCCUCGCCAAGAGGUUGAAGCUAAGUCCUAGCUUGACAGCGAGCUAAGCUCUGAAAUGAUGAUGUCAGACGUCCGUGUGGUUUUCUUACUUUAUUCAGCUGCUCAUGACAUCAACACUUGGGGAAUGAAACUAAAAUAAAUAUAAAUAAAUCAGUUUGAUCUUCAAUAACAGCAAUUCAAAUUUAUGUUUAUAACUGGCUGCUGAUACAGCAAUAACAAUCCACACAAAUGAUUAGCAUGUAUCAGUUAGCAUCCGCACAUAAUCUAAAACACAUAAACCUACCCCAAGUUUUUGACCACCAGCAAAAGGUGUUAUAUACAGGUCUUGCCUGUGUGGAUGCUUCACAAGCAACAAAUGUGCCCGCAGGCUUGCAGCUGUAAUGUUUCACUUCUCUCUUACUCGACUGCGCGACUUCUUCGCGGGAGCAAAUGCACUCUUUCUUGUGUGCGCGCAUUUUCCCCAUGAGAAAAAAAAACAAAAAAAAAACAACUGGAGACAAAAUGGCAGAGGAGACUCCGGCGUUGUAAAGUCGAAAUAACGUAAGCUGGGUACACCGUAACCCGGAGACUACCUGUAUUUUAAAUUGCCUACACGUGAGAUUUUCACCUGUUGUUUUUAAACAGCAGUUCCCCUUUGCUUCAAGACUACUUUCCCUUGAAAUUUUGAACUACGACUACUACUACUACUACUACUACUACUACAAACGACUUAAUUAAAGAUGAUGAACAUAACGCUAAACAUAAUGCCAAAUAAUCAAAGCAGAAUUAUAUGAGCCCCACAGAUUUUUUUCCCCCCAAAAUGUACACAUUUAUGGUAAUCAGAUUAAGGAAAUUGAGUGUAUUCAGUCAUAUAACUAGUUUUCAUUUUCAGAGCAAAAGAGACAUCCAUAAUACCGAAUGUUAUAAAAGGGAACAACUUCAAAAAAGUAAUCUAGCUGCAUAAUGAUACUGUAUAGAAUCCAGAAAAUGCAAUGGUCACUGGCAAAAAGUUAAUAAUACUCUAUUUUAAAGGUCAAAAUGUCUCCUUUUAACCAGUGAACAUUAACAGGCCUUGGCUGUAUAUUAAAACUACUGACAGAAUGUUCUCUUGCAUUUCUAAACUGCCUUAAGGUUUUAGUAAAUUGGAAUACAAGUAUAAAACAAGUGAAGUUGGCCCCCAUCAGACACACAUUUAUAUAAUAAUGAUGUCAAUCAUUUCUGCUACAUUUGUGCUUGUUUGUGCUGUAAAAAGUUUUGUUUGUUCUGCUAUCGUUUUUUAAGAUAUUCACAAUUCUUUCAUUGGUCAAUCUGAGGUUAACCAGCCCCCUAUUUUGAAUAAAAUGGUGUCAAUCGUUCAUGCUUCAUUUGUGCUGUAAAAACAUUUGUUUGCGCUACUAUUAUUUUAUAGAUAUUGAGAUUUUAAUCUGGAGUCAUCACGUUAAUCACAGCCCCUCAGUUGCGGCUGACGGAGCAAACCAAUUCACUCAAUAACAGAGGGCUGCGAGUGACGCAAUCACUCAAAAUUAAUAUCUCAAUAUCUAUAACAAUAUAAAAAUAUAACAAUAGCAGCCCAAACUAAAUUUUUACUGCACAAAUGAAGCAUAUGUCGAGUUCAAAUACGAAUCCUUAGGGAGACAUUAGGUAGACAUUUAUAAUAUUACAUAUUAUAUACAUUAUAUUAAUAUUAAAAUAAGGAGAGAAGGCACUCAAUUUAGUUGAAAACCUUGCAAGGAGAAGGAGGGGAAACCAUACAAUACAAUACUAGACUACAAAAUACAGGCUCCACAAUCGGUCUGACUAGCCCCUCCUUCACCUCUCUUUUUAUUUGGGAUGGCCCUAGCAACAGAUGGGUGUCUUGCCCUAAAAUGGAAAGGGGAAGCAAGCUGGCGACACCCCUUGUAUUUGUUCAGCUAUGUGUGUGCAUGUAGGUGGAAUUAUUUUCAUGUAUGUCAGCCAUUUCAGCAAAGCAAAGGUGCAUCUUUUGCCUCUGUCCUUGAACAGGCAAGAGGCCUCUUAAAGGCUUCUUCAAGACAAAACAUUCCUUCUUUGUGAGCAACAAUAAGCUAAAACAUUUCUUCACUGCGAGCAGCAAUAAGCAAAAGCAUUUCUUCACUGCGAGCAGCAAUUGAUUAGAGCAAGUAUAUAAUAAACAUCUUAAUAAUUAUCUCAUCAAAUACAUUUCAUGAAGCAAUAGCAUUUGGCAAGUAAUAAACUGCAAAAAUAUGAUUUCUUAAAUGUCCCAGACAGUUUAGUUCCUUAAACAUGUCUAUAGUAUCAAUCCCUAACAUGUCUCUUAUUUCAAACAAUCAUGGAACAUCCUAUUAUAGAAAUCAAUAAUUUAUUGUGAGCUUUCAUUGGUAAAAACAAAUAUUUAAUAAGAAUUUAAUAAUCUUGUCAGCAUAAACGAAUGGCACCGAUUUUAAUCAAAUUGGAUACGGAAAAGCUGCGAAUAAUUCGAAAUUAAUUUCUUAAUCCCCCCCAUUUACUGCAAAAUGGACCCAAAGGGGUACCAUUCGUUUGUCCUACUUUUGCGCUAGUUGUUGGGACACCCCUCUGUUAUUGAGAGUUUGAGUUGGUACACUCCGUCAGCCACGGGGGUUGGAUACGGAAAAUCUGCAAAUAACUUGAAAUUAUUAUCCUAACACCCCCAUUUACUACAAAAUGGACCCGAAGGGGUACCAUUCGUUUGUGCUACGUUUGCGCUAGUUGUUGGGACACCCCUCUGUUAUUGGGAGUUGGUACGCUCCGUCAGCUGCGGGAGUUGGAUACGCAAAAACUGCGAAUAACCAGAAAUUAUUAUCUUAAUCCUCGCACUUACUGCAAAAUGCACCCGAAGGGGUACCAUUCUUUUGUGCUAUGUUUGCGCUAGUUGUUGGGACACCCUUCUGUGAUUGAGUACAUACAGUAUAUAAAACAAUAGCAGCACAAACAAAUAUUUUUACAGCACAAACGUGCACAAAUGCAACAUAAACCAAUUUUGUAGAGCUGCAGCUAUCGAUUAUUUUAGUAGUCGAUUAAUUGAUGAACUAGUUCGUUCGAAUAAUCGAGUAAUCUGAUAAGUAACAUAAAAUAAAUGAGGAUCUAAGAACAGUUGGCUAACUUACAUAGCAAAGGUCUUCCAGCUUAAAUGCUAUAAAACGCCAGCGUCUUUUUUACAGUGCUCUUAACAAAUGGUUCAGACGCAUGUUCCCCAAAAAACGGCUAAAUAUACCUAUAAACUAAAUUACGAAUGCAUUAAAAAAACGUUAGCCCAAACAAAAAAUUAGCUGAUGUUGGUCUUACCGUGGAGCAGCUGGAUUCAGCCAUGUGAAAUGUGGCAGACUAGAGGGCAGUGUAUCCACCAAAAUCAAUAAAACUACAUGCAAACACUUUCAAAAUAAACCAUUACAACGCCACUUUAACUAAACAAAUACUCGAAGCAGCAAAAUUAUUUUUUUUUUUUGUAAUUUAACACACGAGUUAAUCGAUUAAUCGUUGCAGCACUACAAUUUUGCAAUAAAUGGAAUGCUGCGUGACGUCAUCACUCGAAUUAAUAUCUCAAAAAUGAUAGCAGCACAAACGAAACUUUACAGCACAAACUAAUCAUUAACUAUUGACACCAUUUUUAGCUAUUUUAAAUCAAAAUGGGGGGUUGGUUGACCUCAGAUUGACCUAUAAAAGAAUUUUUAAUAUCUCAAAAAGGAUAACAGCACAGAUUUUUUUUCCCAGCACAAACGUAGCACAAACGAUUGAUAUCAUUUUUAUAUAAAUUUACGAGGGAAGGUAAACUUCUCGGAGGUGAGCAUUAAGUAUCGAUAGCCUUUUUCUCCGUUCUUUGCGUCCUUGUCACUGUAAAUUGCAAAAACUAUUGUACCAUAAUCUACUGUACUCGGUUGCGCUUCAAGUGAUAUACUUGCAACAUUAAUAAUAGAAAAACAAUGUUUAGACAUCACUUUGGAAGGCCAGUAAUGAGCUUGUAUCAGGAACGAGCCACACUGUCUACUUGUUUACACCCAAAGCUUUUGUACACAACUACAGAGGAGUUAGUUUUAACGGAUUUUAGUUUAACACCGUUUAAUCUGUUCAACAACACUAAGGUCCAGUCCUUUGCCAGGAACUUAUUGUAUGCAUGCCACUCAUUUUUGCGUUGUUGAAAUUGGGUUUCUUUUUGCAUUUCCAACUUUUUAUUGGAAAAAGAUGUUCAUGUGCAGCUGUAAUUUGGUGCUCAACAUGUUUGCCAGCGCGUAUCUUUUUUUUUUUUUUUUUUUUUUUUGACAGCGUGAUUACAUUGUAGGUCAAGUUACAGUAAAAUGUGGCAUAAAUUGCUGGCCAAAACUAUUAGCACUCCUGCAAUUCUGUCAGAUAAUGCUCAAUUUCUACCAGAAAAUGAUUGCAAUUACAAAUCCUUUGGUAGUUAUAUCUUCAUUUAUUUAGCUUGCAAUGAAAAAACACAAAAGAGAAUGGGGAAAAAAAUCAUUAUCAUUUUACACAAAACUCCAAAAAUAGGCCGGACAAAAGUAUUGGCACCCGUUGAAAAAUCAUGUGAUGCUUCUCUAACUUGUAUAAUUAACAGCACCUGUUACUUACCUGUGGCACAUAACAGGUGGUGGCAAUAACUAAAUCCCACUUGCAGCCAGUUAAAAUGGAUUAAAGUUGACUCAACCUCUGUCUUGUGUCCUUGUGUGAACCACAUUGAGCACGGAGAAACGAAAGAAGACCAAAGAACUGUCUGAGGACUUAAGAAGCAAAAUUGUGAGGAAGCAUGGGCAAUCUCAAGGCUACAAGUCUCUCUCCAAAGACCUGAAUGUUCCUGUGUCUACCGUGCACAGUGUAAUCAAUAAGUGUAAAGCCCACGGCACUGGUGUGAUGUGGACGGAAAAGAAAAAUUGACGAGAGAUUUCAACGAAAGAUUGUGCUAACAGUGGAUAAAGAACCUUGACUAACAUUCAAACAAGUUCAAGCUGUCCCGCAGUCUGAGGGUACAACAGUGUCAACCCGUACUAUCCGUCGACGUCUGAAUGAAAAGGGACUCUAUGGUAGGAUACUCAGGAAGACCCCACUUCUGACCCAGAGACAUAAAAAGCCAGGCUGGAGUUUGCCAAUACUUACCUGAGAAAGCCAAAAACGUUUUGGAAGAACGUUCUCUGGUCAGAUGAGACAAAAGUAGAGCUUUUAGUUUUGGUAAAAGCAUCAACAUGGAGUUUACAAGGGAAAAAACGAGGCCUUCAAAGAAAAGAACACGAUCCCCGCAGUCAAACAUGCCAGAGGUUCCCUGAUGUUUUAGGGUUGCUUUGCUACCUCUGGGACUGUACUGCUUGACAGUGUGCAUGUUAUUAUGAAAUCUGAAGACUACCAACAAAUUUUGCAGCAUAAUGUAGGGCCCAGUGUGAAAAAGCUGGGUCUCCGUCAGAGGUCAUGGGUCUACCAGCAGGACAUGACCCAAAACACACUUCAAAAAGCACUAGAAAAUGGUUUGAGAGAAAGCACUGGAGACUUCUAAAGUGGCCAGCAAUGAAUCCCAUAGAACACCUGUGGAGAGAUCUGAAAAUGGCAGUUUGGAGAAGGCACCCUUCAAAUCUCAGAGACCUGGAGCAGUUGGCCAAAGAAGAAUGGUCUAAAAUUCCAGCAGAGCAUUGUAAGAAACCCGUUGAUGGAUACUGGAAGCGGUUGUUCAGUUAUUUCGUCUAAAGGUUGUGCUACCAAGUAUUAGGCUGAGGGUGCCAAUACUUUUUGGAGCUUUGCGUAAAAUGAUGAUGGUUUGAUAUAUAUUUUUUUUCAUUUUCUUUUGUGUUUUUUCAUUGCAAGCAAAAUAAAUGAAGAUAUUACUACCAAAGCAUUUGUAAUUGCAUUCAUUUUCUGGGAUAAAUUGAGCAAUAUCUGACAGAAUUAGAGGGGUGCCAAUACUUUUGGCCAGCAGUGUAUGGUCUGAGUAUGUGAUCUUUCGGUUUUUAAUGUUGACUUUUAGUCAUCAUUCUAUUAGCGGGUGAAAACUGCCAAGCCAACCACUGCCUUGACAAGGCAUGUGCCGGUAUAAGGUUUUGACGGGAUGAUAACAUUAAGCAAAAAUACAGCGGUUUCACGGUAUCACUGUAUUACAACUAUAGCUCUAAAAUGUGUUAUUUUGAGAUGUAUGGGUUAAAAAAAACACACAAAAAAUUGUUUUUCAUUCAACAGGAUUUUUUUGUAUUUUUCACAACAUAUUUGCAAAUUGGCAAAUGUUUACAAUGGUAGAAGACUUAACAAAAUUAGGCUAAUGGUCGAGAGGAAACUACUUAGCCGUCUUGACAUGCUCACGAGCCACGUUGUCUGCCUCGUUAACAAGCGUGUUUGUUUUACCAUCGCGAGACACACUAAACCAGCUUGAGUGAAAUAUCGUAGCUGGUGGGAAACGUUCAUGACAGCCUUUAAUUACCUUAAAUUUUGUGUAAAGUGACAGAUGAUGAUCACGUAAAUGUGAAAUCAUGUGGGGGGUAUUGCCUGCACGUCUGCUGACGUUCCUCCUCUAAGCCGCGGCCGUCUGUUUCUUUUCGGUAGCCGAAGUACUCCUAUACUAGCGACUUUGUCUAUUUUUGAGGGGGGGAAAAGCUCAGGUGUAGUUUCAACACCUUUAACCAUUAUGUCUAUUCUACAGCACAGCGACAGACAUAGGACAAAGCAAAAACUGAAGGGGGAGGGGUGAGCGCUGCCGUUCCAAGCCACGGAUUUCUCGCUACAUUUUUGGGACCUCAAAAAUACAACCCCUAGCAAAAAGUAUGGAAUCACCAUUCUUGGACGAGCACUCACUCAGACAUGUUAUCAUGUAGAACAAACUCGGAUAAAACCCUUGAAAAAAAAUCAUGAAUUCGUUCAAAAGUGCAACUCUGUAGCAUUCAGAAACACUGAAAGAAAAUAAUAAAAAACAUUGUGGUGGUCAGUAAAUGUUACUUUUAUAGAGCAAGUGCAGGGAAAUAUAUAUGGAAUCACUCCACUCUAAGGAAAAAAAUAUGCAACAACAAACAAACAAAGAAAUAACAAUCAAAACACAUCUCUAGUAUUUAGUUGCACCACCUCUGGCUUGCAUGACAGCUUGCAGUCUCUGAGGCAUGGACUCGAUGGGUAUUCUUCAUCAAUUUGGUGCCAACUCUCUUUGAUUGCAGUUGCCAGAUCAUCCUUGCAGGUCGGAGCCUUGCUUUAGACCAUUUUUUUCAAUUUCCACCACAGGUUUCCAAUAGGGUUGAGAUAUGGGCUAUUUGCAGGCCAUGACAUUGACUGGAUGAGUCUUUCUCCAAGGAAUGCUUUACCAGUUUUAGCUCUCUGGUAUGAUGCAUUGUCAUUUUGGAAAAUGACAAACAUAUUUUCAAUUGAAGGGGUAAGAAAGCUGUCUUAAAUUUCAACGUAAACUUGUGCAUUUAUUGAAGAUUUAACCACAGCCAUCUCCCCAGUUCCUUUGCCUCACAUGCAGCCCCAUAUUAUCAAGGACUAAGGGAAUUUUGAUGUUUUUUCAGGCAGUCAUCUUUGUAAAUCUCUCUGGAACAGCACCAAACAAAAGUUCCAUUAUCAUCACCUUGUCCAAUGCAGAUUCUUGACACUUGACGAGUGCUCGUCCAAGACUGGUGAUUCCAUACUUUUUGCUAGGGGUUUUAGAUAAUACCGUAACUAUGGUAUCACGGAAAAUUUUAGUAGCUUUGAAACUGUGACGUUUUCAUACCACGGUAAACCUUGAAACCGGUAACCGGCACAUGCCUACUUGUGUGCAUUAAAACGGAGCUUUAAAAAGACAAAUGCAUGUGUAGCUCUGUCUUACGUGCAGUAUAUUUUGUAAUUCACAUUUGCACUCAGUGGGAUCUACUAAGAAUUGUUUAGCUGCAUUAAAUGACAUGAUUAGAAAUGCUUGAGUGCCAACACAAGAAAUUAAGGAGAUGGGGAAAAGCAAAGAGCUUUUAGUUGUAUUAUCUUGUUGCCAUUUUUUUUUUUUUUUUUUUUUAAGGGGUGUGUUGUUUUGGAUCAUGUUUUGACCAUACUUGAUAAUGUAUGUAUCCACUAUUAGGUAAAUACUCCAGAUUGAAGAUUGUAUUUACUAUGGAGGUACAUUUGCCUCCCUUGGGAGAUUCAUUGUCAUGUCUGGCACUCUAAAUAUAUGUGGGCCACCAGUCUAAAUCAUGUGAGUGGGAAGAAUACACUAACAUCUUAAUUACUUGUUGGUUACGGGGUACACCCUGUACAACAGACAAUUCUGAUAAGUCCUUGAAGGCCCGUUGUUGCUGUGAAGUGUAAUCAGAAUGAAAAUUGUAUAUUUAUGCAUGUCGAAGUGGCCUAAAUUCAUUGUUACCAUGCUUUGCAAAAUAUUAAAAAUACAAUGCUGACCAAAUUUGCAGGCCACUGCUUUGUUUCGGAGUACAUCCAGCAUUAUGAAAUGCAUACAUGCGGACUCUUGGAGUAUAUCACACUUGCCUGCCGCUACACCAAGAAUAUUGAAAAUGACAAUAUAUUAUUUUUAAAUAAACAAUUUAUCAAAACCACAUAAUAGGUAUGGGAACCUCAGGGCACCUCACGCUACGAUACGAUUCGCGAUACAAGGCUCAAGAUAACGAUUUUCUUGCGAUAUCGCGAUACAGCAAUUGUCGAUUUAUUGGUCAGAAAAUUGAUACAUGAUAUUCUACGAUACAACUGUUGAAACGAAUAACAAGAUAUUUCAAAAUAGAAAAAUACUGUUUAAGUGAUUUAUUAAACAGUGACAACUUUUCUGUGCCACAUUGCUGUAAAAUAUAAAUCUACUGCAAAUUUUGUACCUGCGCAUAUCCAGUGUAUCACAAACCUGAGUACACCCCGCGCAUUUCUGCAGAUAUUUAAGUAUAUCUUUUCAUGGGAAAACAAUGAAACAAAUGACACAAUGAAAAAUAGUCUGUGUGCAGCUUAUAUAAUAGAGUUCUUUUA